GUGCCGCCUGCGGCCCGGCGCGCAGCGCGGGGAGCUCCAGGCGGAGGGCGGCCGGGCCGCCCCGGCGGCGGGCGGGGAGCGCCGCGGCCUGCAGGGCGGGGACGCCGUGGCGCUGCACGCGCUGGGCGCCGCGCAGGCGGGAUUGCCGACGAGCGGCCCCGUGUGCGAGUGCGAGGUGGUGGUGGCGCGCCCGCUGGUCCUGAAGCCGCGGAACGGUGCCAUCUACAGACCACCCCCGUGCCCGGCCAGUGCCACCUUGGGCUCCACGAUGGUGUAUAG